CUGUUAUUUGAAGCUGAAUUUAGACUACAGUCGGUAAAACAGCAUAGAGGUCAGUGGUGCGGUUAAAAGGAUAUAUUGUUUGCGUAGUAUUGCUACUUGUAGUACCAAUAAUAGGGAGUUGUACGUAUUACAAUUUCCGGGAGAUGUUAACAUUAUCACUAUACUGAUAUAUAGGCCUACGUUUGGAUACAUUGGUGAAUAACUCGAAAUCGUAUAGGAUUAAUUUAUUCCUUCUCACUUCUCCAAAUUUCUCUGUAUAGAAAUUUAGAAUUUGAAAUAUCUUGAACAAGUUAAAGUUUAAAUUUUAUUGCGAAGUCGAACGACCUGGACCCGAGCCUAAAGGCACAACAAUAACAUCCUGUACAGUGGCUCGUGUAAGGCUAAAAGUGAAACGAGAUUCAACAGGAUUCUGGUGUGAAUAUUUUCCGAGUCUAAGCCCUAAAUAAAUUUUUAUUUCUUACAAAAAUGUUACAAGCUAGAACGUUUAUCACAAAUUUGUGGCCUUUGGUGUCACAUCUUCCACCAGUACAAAGGACACAAACGUUAUCAAUAUGGAUAGCCAAAGGAAGAUUUGGUGGCAGUGGCACUGUAAAUAUUACUGGAGGAGCAUAUUUGUCUCGUGUAACAAGAACUUUUACUGCAAGAGCAGCACAAGAACCUUUUUUAAAUGGAAGUUCAUCAGUUUAUGUAGAAGAAAUGUACAGAGCUUGGCUGAAAGACCCACAAAGUGUACAUAAAUCGUGGGAUGUAUUUUUUCGAAGUACCACAGCAGGAGCAGAGCCAGGCCAAGCAUACCAGAGUCCACCAACAGUAAUGAUCAGUUACCCUUUGACUCAACAUGCUGUACUCCCAUCCCUAUCACAACCACAGACAGCAGAAGCAGUAGCACCACCAACCAGUACUGCUGCUCUGGCACCAUCUGAACCAGAUAAGCGACAGGUAGCACCUCAGGAUAUUGAGGAUCAUCUUACAGUGCAAGCAAUCAUUAGAUCAUACCAGGUUAGAGGUCACCUGGUGGCCAAGUUGGAUCCAUUAUCGAUUACUGCCGCUAACAAAUAUACACCGUUUGCAAAAGAAUCAUCAGGCUCACUUUCUGUUGUCGUGCGCAGCUAUAAGUUAGAGGAUAAAGACAUGGAUCGACUUUUCAAACUGCCACCUACAACAUUUAUUGGAGGACCUGAUGAUGUUUUACCUCUCAGAGAGAUACUUCAUCGGCUUGAGGAUGUGUACUGUCAGCACAUUGGUGUAGAGUAUAUGUUCAUUAAUAACUUGGAGCAGUGCAACUGGAUUAGACAAAAAUUUGAAACUCCACAGAUCAUGAAUCUAACUAAGGAUCAAAAGAGACUCCUGAUGGCUAGACUUGUUCGAUCCACAAAAAUUGAGGAGUUUUUAGCCAAAAAGUGGUCUUCUGAGAAGAGGUUUGGACUGGAAGGAUGUGAAGUUUUGAUUCCAGCCAUGAAGACAAUCAUUGAUCGCUCUAGUGAACUUGGCAUCGAAAGCAUUGUGAUGGGGAUGCCUCACAGAGGGCGAUUAAAUGUCCUGGCUAACGUGUGCAGGAAGCCUCUGGAACAGAUUUUAACCCAGUUUAGUGGACUAGAACCAGCAGAUGAGGGUUCAGGUGAUGUAAAGUACCAUCUCGGGAUGUCACAUGAACGUCUUAAUCGAAUGACCAAUAAGAACAUCAAGCUAGCUGUUGUUGCUAACCCAUCACAUUUGGAAGCUGUUGAUCCCGUUGUACAAGGGAAGACUCGAGCUGAGCAAUUCUACAGAGGAGAUGUGCAGGGCAAAAAGGUGAUGAGCAUUCUUCUUCAUGGAGAUGCUGCUUUUGCUGGCCAGGGAAUUGUGUACGAAACAUUCCACUUGAGUGACCUGCCAGACUAUUCUACGCACGGAACUAUUCACAUUGUUGUCAAUAACCAGGUUGGUUUCACCACUGACCCCAGAGUGGCUCGUUCUUCCCCAUACUGUACUGAUGUAGCCAGAGUAGUAAAUGCACCUAUCUUUCACGUUAAUUCUGAUGAUCCUGAGGCUGUGGUACAUGUUUGUAAUGUUGCAGCUGAAUGGAGGGCAAAAUAUGGCAAAGAUGUUGUAGUUGAUUUGGUCUGCUAUCGACGGAAUGGACAUAACGAGAUUGAUGAACCAAUGUUCACUCAACCACUGAUGUAUACCAAGAUCCGUAAACAGAUUCCUGUCCUUGACCAAUACACGAAGAAGCUUGUUGAUGAAGGUGUAGUAACAGAGAAAGAAAUUGAAGAAGAGAAAGAAAGAUAUGAGAGCAUCCUGCUAGAAGCCUAUCAUAAUGCAGAAAAAGAAAGCAAAACCUACAACAAAGACUGGCUGGAUUCCCCAUGGAGUGGGUUCUUUGGUGAUAGAAGCCCCAUUAAAUGUGACCCAACUGGAGUAUCUGAGGAUAUCCUGAAACAUAUUGGGAAUGUAUUCAGUUCACCACCUCCAGGAAAUUUCAAAAUUCACCCAGGCAUCAGACGUAUACUCAAGAGUCGUAUGGAGAUGAUGGAGUCUCGUACAGUUGACUGGGCACUAGCUGAAGCCAUGGCAUAUGGCUCUCUGCUGAAGGAAGGUGUCCAUGUGAGAUUAAGUGGACAAGAUGUGGAACGGGGUACUUUCAGUCAUCGUCACCACGUACUUCACCACCAGACUAUCGAUAAAACAACAUACCGGCCUUUGUGUCAGCUGUGGCCUGAUCAAGCCCCUUACACUGUGUCUAACAGUUCCUUGUCAGAAUAUGGCGUUUUAGGGUUUGAACUUGGUUUUUCCAUGACAAACCCUAAUGCCCUUGUGUGCUGGGAGGCUCAGUUUGGAGACUUCUUUAACACUGCACAGUGUAUAAUUGACCAGUUUCUCAGCAGUGGUCAGGCUAAGUGGGUGCGACAGAGUGGUUUAGUUCUUAUGCUACCACAUGGCAUGGAAGGAAUGGGUCCAGAACAUUCUAGUGGACGUCCUGAACGUUUUCUGCAGUUGUGCAGUGAGGAUCCUGAUGAAUUUCCAGUAAGUAUGGAUUUAUAUUCUCUGCUGUAAGAACAUCUUCAGUC